AGUGACGUCGAACAGGAUGUAGAUUUGCACAGGGAAGUGUUGCUCGCGCAGAAGUUGUAACGUCAACUGCUUCCUUGUAACAAUGGCGACCGAGUCUUUGCUAUCCGUAAGACUUAGAGGACUAGUGAUUGUUGUCAUUCUUCAUUUCGUGUUAAUACCACCGCUGACAGCUAUAUCAGAGCCGGGCAUAUGGACCCUGAAGGCGGAUAAUAAAGAUAUAGGGAAGCAUGCAAAGUUCUUCUAUCUCCCAAAGACAAUGUUCAAUAAUACUUACAUUGAAAUAAACGGGCAUUGCGAUGGGACUGUAAACUUCACUAUAUCAUGGUAUUUGCGGAAUUCUCCUUGCCACGAUGAAGUGUUUGGACUUACUCCUGAAUCAGCAGAACAAUAUUUUGACAACAAGGAUGAACAGCGGCCAGGAGGCAGUGGAGCCUACUCAACACACGUGUAUAAGCAUAUAGAAUGCAAACCUAUUAUUGAUGCAAAUAUGUUUGCACUAGAAGACCUUGAUCAACAUCUACCUCUGAAUCCAUUAACUCAGUCAACAACAGCUAAACAAAGCAGACGAAGGAGGGAUGUGGACAAGACGGAAGUACAGGCGAAAAAAGCUGCUGCAACAAAUCCAUCGAGUGAUCCGCAAAGCAAAAAAGAGAAAGACUCUUCACCAGCAAAAAUGACACUCGCCUCACAAAAACGGUCAAAAUCAGACUCCGCCGUGGCACGAACCUGGGACGACAACCCUUAUAUGUUCAUCGUCAAAAUUGAGGCUUUUCCACCUGCCAAAGAAACAGAAUGGAACUUGCAACUGGUGGUCAGGAUGCAUGGCCCCUAUGAAUACAUCUCAGCAUCUGAAUGGCCUUUGAUGAUUUUCUACAUGGUGAUGUGCAUCAUCUACGUGUUUAUGGGCGUGCUGUGGUUGGCUCUCUCGGCUUGUUACUGGAGAGACCUGCUGCGGAUUCAGUUCUGGAUUGGUGGAGUGAUCUUUCUGGGCAUGAUUGAGAAGGCGGUCUACUAUGCUGAGUUCCAAAGCAUCCGUUACGAUGGCCAAUCAGUUCAAGGUGCAGUGGUGUUUGCAGAGAUACUUUCGGCUGUGAAAAGAACCCUGGCUCGAGUGUUGGUCAUUAUUGCUAGCCUGGGAUAUGGCAUAGUCAAACCAAGACUAGGAGCAUUGCUGCACAGGGUAGUGGGAGUAGGACUGCUCUACCUUAUCUUUUCCAUAAUAGAGGGCGUCCUGAGAGUCAACACGGCUGAAGAUGACCUGGUGCUGCUGGCUGCCAUCCCCUUGGCUGUUCUCGACUCUACCCUCUGCUGGUGGAUCUUCAUUAGCCUGGCCCAGACGAUGAAGCUCCUUCGGCUGAGGAGAAACUUGGUCAAGCUGUCCCUGUACCGACACUUCACCAACACACUCAUAUUCGCUAUCAUCGCUUCUGUUAUAUUCAUUGUGUGGACAACAAAGACCUUCAAGUUAACCAAGUGCCAAUCUGACUGGAGAGAGCUGUGGAUAGAUGAUGCCUUCUGGCGCUUCCUGUUCUAGUAUCUGCUCGUCAUCAUUUUCUUAUGGAGGCCUUCAGCAAACAACCAGAGGUAUGCCUUCAGUCCACUGGUGGAUGAAGUGAGUGAGGAAGAGGAGGGGGAGCAGCUAAUGAAUGAAGCCUUCGAGGGUGUGAAAAUGAGAGGGAUGAAACCAGAGACCAACGGAAGUGCAAAACUCAGUAAAGUGGAUGAAGAUCUCAAAUGGGUUGAGGAGAACAUUCCCUCAUCAAUGGCUGAUGUCGCACUGCCGCCUCUGCUAGACUCAGACGAGGAGAUCAUGACCACGAAAUUUGAGAUGUCCAAAAUGGAGUAGAUCUAUGAAGAUGUAUGUACUGUAUUGUAUUGUAUAUAUGUGCAUGACAAUGCACAACUGCUUUAUCCCAAAAGAUGCGCUUUUCAUAAGCAACGUCUGUAAAUAUGUGGGACGACGAGGGUAAUGCACUAAAGGACUUUUUGUUUUAUUUUUAAUUGCUUGUUUGUAUUUAUAUUUUCUCAGAUAAUAUGGUGUAAGAGUUUCUUAAAACAACUGUAAAUUGCCUUUGACUGUUGUUUACAUAUCUACAGUACAAAAUGUGAUUAAAACACAUUAGUUUGUGCA